AAGAUGUCAUCUGUCAAUUUACAAUGCGUCGCACGAUACGUUCCUUAAAAAAAUACAUUUAAAAUAAGUAUUCUUGGGCGAUUCGAUUCGAUUUCACUAACAAAAAACAUGGAAAACAAGGAAAAUUUACUCUGAACAAUAUUGGUGAAUUUAUCAGUUAAAAUCCACCGUAAAUACUGUAGAAGAUGUAAUAAUGGCCACCUUUGAAAAUAGAUUGAGUCGAAGGAAAGGAAAAACUGGUGGUGAAUCGUAUAGGUUAGACACUAAAAAUAAAACACCCGAAGAAAAUAUUAUAGAUAUAAUUCAAGGACUAUAUUUAAAAAAACAUCAUGAUACAUCACCUACCACCAAGAGUAUAACAAAUGAAUUUAGGUCAGGUCUCCGAACUGUUCAAAAAAAUAACUCUGAAAGUUUAAGAGUCUCCUACUUGACUGCAUUAGUUCAUUUAUGCAAGGAAUUUAGGAACAAUUUGGGUUUUACAACGGAUGAAUUAAUGUCAUGUAUUCGUGUCAGUCUUGUUGAUGAAUCUAUGCUGAUACGGGCAACAGCUUUACGAGUGCUCAGAUAUUUAAUACGCUGUGAAAGUGAUGUUGCUUCUUUCAAUGCACUGAAAUUACCAUACCUUGUAAUCAGAUCUAUGGAUUUGAUGAUGCGCAAUGAAGAAGAACGCGCACAAGCAUUGAGGGUGGUCCGGCGGGUGAUUGCCGUAGUUGGCGGCACAGAGCAAUCGAUGCGACGUCACAGAGCUGCGUAUAUCGAACAAGGGUUAUUGCGGUGUCUUGCAGCGGUCGCGCGAGCGGGAUGUGCGGGAGACGGCACGGGCGACCGUUUGUCUAGACCAGCUAUAGCCACUCUGGCUGAGAUAUGUGUGCUAAAUCCUGAUUUAUUUAUAUCCUGUGGGGGAGUCACAGCUGUUACUCGCCAAUUAGCGGAGUGUGCUACACCGCGAAUGGCAGAGGCUCUUUGUGGAGUGCUUUUACACAUCAUAAAUGAUCCUCAUUCGCGACAUUCUGCAAGAGUGGAUUUAACAUGUCUUAAUUCUCCAUAUUGUGAUUUCCACUUUCGGCCGGCAGGCACGGAUACAAGCAGAGACGAGCGCGAGAUGCGGUUCACGUGCAGCCGGCUGGCGCUGCUGUGCGUGCUGCGCAGCUGGCCGGGGCUGCUGCACUUCUGCCACCCGCGCGCGGCGGGCGGCCUGCGCGCGCUCGUCGCCUCGCUGCACCUGCCGCGCCUGGAGGUCCGAAAGGCUAUUUUGGAUCUCCUCUAUGAACUUGUGGGUUUACGUCAACCAGAAUGGACGGAUGAGAUUUCCGUAGCAUUGGAUGCUGUCGAUCCAUCUGAUUUCCAGGAUUCUUGGCGACUUAAUGAAGAUUUUGUCGCAGCCGAAGGAAUGGCUAUUCUACCUCACUUAAGUGCCACUGGCCCUGAUAUAAUUGAAAUUCAUCUUGCUCUAUUACUUCAGUGUUUUUUAGAGGCUGGACUCCUUGAUGGUUUAGCUGAAGUGAUAGUCACAAGUGAUACUUUUAUAUCGGUCAGAGCAACCGUAUUGUUAGGGCAAUUAUUGCAUUUAGUACACAUAUUGUUACCACCGCAAAUUUGUAAUAUAACUCCCGCAUUGCCUGCACUUGUAUCGCAAGCAUCUGCAGGGAAGCCCCAGGCAUUGGCUGCCGUAGCUGCUCUACAAAGACUGCAUUCUAUGUUAGAAGCGCGACCAGCUAGCAAUAGCCUUUUCCUGGACCACAUUAUUCAGUAUUGUAGCGGAGCUUACAAAAUUAGAUCGGAAGAUGUGACGAAGAGUCGAAAGGAGAAAAGUAACGCGAGUAUGGUAAAGCCCAAAAAUCAAAGUAUACUUCACAAAGACAGUUUCGAGUUUUUGGAAGAGUCCGAUACGGAGAGCGAGCCGAAACAGAGACACAGUGUCGGGUCGCGCGCUGAUGUUGCGACCAGGAAUGUUAGUGCAUUAGUGAAAAGUAAAAGUGUUAGCUCUCGAACUAAUGCGGCAGUGAGUAAAGUGACCAAGUCCGCAAAGUUUUUCAAUUUGUUUGAAUGGUAUAGAGAUAAUUUAAUUAAGUCGUCGUUGGUUAUGCAGAAAAAGGAUGGGAAUACGUGGAAUUGGGAAAUUAUUCGCACUAUUUUAAAGGAAACAGAUACACCAUUACUUAAUUUAAGUGACAGUUGUCACAAGGCGUGGGCGAGUCGAAUUAUAAACUAUUUGAAGCCAUCAUCAAAUAAAUACUCCCAUACAGAUCUAUCAACUACAUGCAAUGGACAUUCUGCAACAAGAGCUGGAUGUCAGCUUAUAAGGCAUCUUUUGCAACAUAAUGAUACGGAUUCAAAAAAGUUCUUGGAAGAUUUUUUCAAUGAUGUUAAUCGUCAAAUUGAAGCAAUACAAACUGGCAAGAAAGCGCACGAGUGUCUCUUUAGUCCGCAACACAUGUGUAAUACAAUGUGUCAAAUGUAUUUUUUGUUUAUUGGACAACUCUGUCAUUCAAAUACGGGUUUGAGGCUAUUUAAGAAAUCUAAACUGUAUGAAAAUCUGUUGGAACUAGCCACAAAGACGCAUCACAGUUGCUACGUCAAAUUAGUCAUAUCUAGUCUGGACUAUACCCUAGAUGCGUGUCCAAGAGACAUUCUCGCCAAAACACUAACUUGUAACAACCAGGCUUCAAGAUUAUACGCAACCCAGUUCCUAAACGUAUUAAUGCGUGCUUCGAGAAAGUCGCGUGACUUAGUUCGAAGAAAGACUAAGCUUAAGAAGAAUUUACUAGAAGAACAUUGGAAACUUUCGCGUAGAGACGAAGAAGUAUCGGAAGGCGUGGAUAUGGAUACAUGGGUACUGCAAAUGUUAGUGGGACAGAUACGGGACGAGUCUAAAGUUGUAGUUAAAAAUGCUCUGGCUAUUUUGGAGGAAGCAUUUAGUGUUCCGGCAUACCAAGAAAAACUGAUGGGCUUACGGGAUACACUGGGCGAAAGUUGUGGUUUUGGGAAGAGCUGCGAGCCCUCAUCUGUGGAAACCUCGGCUGCUGGAGACAGAGCGUAUCUACUGUGGCUGGCGUUACAAAUAGCCGCUGCUAGAUACCAACAGCAUGAUGAUGCAAUCUCCUUUAUCAAUAAGCAUUUGCAGUACUGGGACAAAUCGUAUAACUAUAGGUACGUGCGGCUGGUGGAGGCGGAGGUACACGAGAGCGUGCGGCGCGCGCGGGGGGCGCGGCGCGGGGCGCGCCUGCCGCCGCACGCGCUGGCCGCGCUCGCCGCGCUCGCCGCGCCCGUCGCCCCCUUCGCCCCCGCGGCCCCCGCCGCGCCCGCCGCUGCCGCCCCGCCGCCAUUUGCACGCGCGCUGCUGGCCGCUGCGCUCCCGCAGCACUACAAGUUACAACUUGUCAUGAAUUUAAGCAAUAAUUUUCUAGAAGAUUCUGUGCCAGUACAUGUUGUGAGACUAGCGAAAUAUUGUCCAGUUUAUUCAGUGCGAGCGACUGCAUUCUACGUUCUUGGUCUAAUCGGUAGCACAUACGAUGGCGCUAACUUGCUUGCAGAGUUAGGUUGGUUUUGCGUGCGACAUACGAGACAUGACCAGUUUCCUAUCAUAUCAGAGGACAAUUAUGCAAUAGGAACUGAAAGCACUGAGAAAUCCCACUUUUACGUUACAUCGCCUGAUCGAAGAUUCAACGCAUUGGAUAUCGAUUUGAGCGAACAUUCAGAUCACACAGAUCAGAGUACCGCUGAUAGUGUGCACUCAGAAUCGGCUAGGUUGAACAAGACUAUUGGCGCUAUUUGUAUCGAAGAAAAUCAAGAUGUCGUAGACCAUAAAAUUAGUUUCGAUAGACGCGAACCAGACAAAAGGAAAUCUCACACGCUUCCAUCCCAAGGCUGUUCUAGUUCUCACGAGAGAUCCUUAACCGAAUCGAGGACAGUUGAUAUCCUUCGAGACUGUUCCACAUACGAACGAACCGGACAUAAAAUGCAAAUGGAAAAUAGACUGUUAGGACGAAUGAACUCACUUGACCAAGCUCACGAAGGGAGGGUGAGGAACACAAGCGAAUCUAGCACGAGCGGUGUUAGUAGCUGCGAUUCCUUCUUAGGAAAAUAUGCCAUUCCGGACCGCGUGUUAACAUUAAGCCCCAUUCCCAGUUCUUCGAGUUUGUAUGGCAUGAAAACUAGUGUUCCGCAUCGGCCGCGUCUGGCCGAGACGCAGAGACGCAUAUCCACUUCUAGUUUUACGGGACCUGACGCGGCGAGCUCUCCUCCAACACAAAUGGAUAUGUCCGGAUAUGCUACAAUACAGUCAUUAAAUAAACACCGACGACCGCACGUAUCAGAGGGCGCAGCAACGAGUUCUAGCGAUAUUGACGAACUUGUGUGGCUUUUGCCGGACUUUAGCCGGCGUGGCAAACCCUACUCGUCGAUGCGGGAGAAAUCUAAGUCACAUAGGGAACGAAUGGCUAAACUCAGCCUGGUGGAGGACGACUGGCGGCCGCUGUGGCAGACGGAGCGCGCGGGCGCGGCGGGCGCGGGGCGGGCCGCGCGCCCCGCGCCGCGCGCGCCCCGCGCCGCGCCGCCGCACUACAUGGGCGUGUGCCUGCCGCUGCACCUCGCCGAUAUCUUCCCCGACGAGGAUAUAAAGGCUGAAAAUGUAAAUGGCGAUAAAAUAGUUCCUAGUCGAACACGAGUACCGUCAUUCCUGGACUCGAGUAUCGCGAGCGCCGACAACAAGUCCCGCGCCACACCUGACAGUCAGAAUAUAGCCAAUAAAGAUAUCUCAGCUACAACUGUUGCGCAUCGACCGCUGCCUCUAACAAUCACGAAACCGGCGCUCAACGACGCAAUGGAAACGGCCAAAAUCAUCGAAGAGAAAACCGCCGAAGAACACGCAAAAACGAAUAUCACAGCUGACAAAAAUCACAUUAUCGUUAAGGACACAGAAUGUGCGGAGGCGGGGCUGGUUAAGGAUGUGAGCUCUAGCACUGCGGUGGGCAGCACGUUAGUGGGCACGUUGAGCCGCGUGGAGAGUAAGCCGAGCAAGUGGAGGCACGCGGCGAGGGAUUGUCUGGCCUGCGUUCGAACUAGACCGCCGUCUUCUCAUGAACUGCGCGAAGCAUUUUUUGCAGAUAUGGAAGGAGUGAGCGCGACGGAAGACCGCACCAGCCCCCCCUCGCUCGAGCCGACGCCGCAGGCUCAACUGUUACACAACGUACUUUUUAUGUCGAAUCCCAUACAUUUAAAACAGACGCGGUCGGCGCUGUUGUCCCUGAAGCAGCGGCACCCGGACGUGUUCCGCAGCGCGUGCGUGUACUCGGACGUGUGCGCGGUGCUCGCGCGCGACACGUACAUGCUGUGCGCGCGCCGCUUCCUGCAGGAGCUCUUCCUCGACACCAACUUCGAGUGCUUCGACGCGGAGCCCGCCGCCGUGCUCGCCCGCCACGGCGCCCCCGCCCCUCCCGCGCCCCCCGCGCCGCCGAACGUCGAGGCGUAG